UAUUUAGAUCACAAUUGGCUCUGUAAUCGUGCUAUUUUGGCAGCAAGAAAUGUUGAUGUGAACGAAAUUAACUUCCAUAUACAACAGAUUUUGCCCGGUGAUUUGAUGUCUUUUAAAUCAAUCGACACAGUUAUUGAUGAAAACGAAAUCGUAAACUUUCCAAUUGAAUUUUUGAAUUCUCUGGAUUUGCCAGGAAUGCCACCACACAACCUUCAAUUGAAAAUUGGUUCACCAAUUAUUCUUCUACGUAAUUUAAACCCACCUCAAUUAUGUAACGGUACACGUUUAGUCAUAAAAAAAAUGACCGAAAAUAUUCUUGAAGCAACAAUUUUGUCGGGAAAAUUUAAAGGAGAUAUCGUCCUGUUGCCACGUAUUCCACUGAUAGCGUCGGAAUCUUCAAUACCGUUUAAAAGGCUCCAAUUUCCGAUUUGUUUAGCUUUUGCGAUGACUAUAAAUAAAUCUCAAGGCCAAACAAUGUCUAUUUGCGGUUUGGAUUUGGAAAAGACAUGUUUCUCACAUGGACAGCUAUGUGUUGCCUGCUCACGUGUAGGAAAACCAUCAAAUCUCUUCGUGUUAGCGAAAGACAGGUUAACCAGGAAUGUUGUACACAAAGUAGUACUUAGAUAAUUUUUAGUUUUAAUAAUUUAAUUUAUUUUUGUAUGUUUUUAAUGUAUAUAGUAUUUUUUGUA